AGUGUUACCACAGGACCGCAGGUGCGCGCAUCAAGACUCAAUGGCGAUAACUACUAUGUGUCCCUCUAUCGUUCCUUUAUGCACUCCCGCCGCCAGGGGCACCACCACUGCGGCUGGAUGCUGGAUCUGCUUAUCGCACGGCUAUUGUUUUUAGCGUCUCAUUGUUGGCGCACGAGUUGGCAGCCCUGCAAGACGGAACCUUACCCUGCCAAGGUUAAUCUGAAGAUUUAAACGCGAUCCCGCGAGGCAUCAAUAACAUCCGAGGAAAAAAGUAAAUCGUCGCAAGUCACCAUCGCCAUAGUACGCUAUCGCGACGCGAGUCCGUCAACCAUGCUCAAACCGGGGAACGGAAGAACGCAGUAAAGACGCGGCCUUGCAGGUGCAGUGAAGACCGCGCCGGUAUGUGUGUCUGUACGUGUGACACGACGAGUUAUCGCACCCGUUUUGCCGAAUCCUUGCCGCGGCCGGCUUUACACGCCACACCUCGGCGGUCGGUUCGCAGGAGAUGCUGCGCGUGACUGCCCCGCCCCGGCUGCCCGUCGCCCCCUCCGCCACCGCGACGCACAUUCUCAUACCGCGGCUGCUGCCCAACACCACCAAGGUGAGGCGACCAAAAUGGCGAACGCGUUGAGGCGUUUGCCGGGUGCGCGUCGUGGGCAGAACGAGCGUGGCAGCCGCUGUAAGUAGGAAAACUCAAUAAAUCGCGGGGAGGAAAAACAAAAUCUGUUGGCGUUUGAACCCUGUGUGCGUCUGCUGGAAGGUAUGGUAUGGUGAGCGAGGCGGGGCGCCGCCGCUUGCUGACCGUGUCGCUGGCCGUGUCCGUGCUGACGGCGCUCUUGUCGAGCUCGGCGCUGCUCACGGUGCUGGUGGCCUGGCCGCUGGGCGUCGGCUGGGUGCGGGUCGCCCGGCCCGCCUCCACCGCGCUGCUCGCCCUGCUCGCGCUCGACGCCGCCCUGGGCCUGGCCGUGGCCGUGCGCUCAGCGCUCCUGGCACUGGCGUGCCGCGCGCGCGCCGCGCCCCGCCAGGUGCGCCUGCUGCACCCCGUGAGCGCGCACCUCGUCUGCCUGCUGAUGCCCUCGGUGCUGCUGCACCUCGCCGUCGUCGUGUGGUGCGUGGUGGGCAUGGCGCUGUCGCCGCGCCUGUCGCGCUCGCGCAUCCUGUGGGCCGCGCUGGGCUACUACGAGGAGGCCGCGGCGCGCGAGGCUCUCGACGAGGCGCAGGCCGCCCUCGAGUGCUGCGGCUUCGACGGCCCCGCCGACUGGCACCCCUGGGCCAACGACCCCAUCGGCCGGCUGGGCCUCAAGGACCAGGAUAGCGACGCCGUCCGCGCCGCCUCCCACGACCCGGACAAGCGAAUGGCGCGCCCCGCCGACGGGGACAUCCCCGAGAGCUGCUGCGCGCCCGACGCGGCCGCUCCAGUGGCGGCGAUGGCCUCCGCGCCGCCGAGGUCGGACGCCACCGCGGCGUGUCGCACGUGGGAGCGGGGCUGCUUCAAGCCCCUCGUCAACACCCUGGUCCUGCUGCACCUGUCCGUCGGCACGGCCUCCCUCUUCCUGGCUGCACUGCAUUCCGUUGCCGCAGCGACCCUGCGUCUGGCCCAGACGUCCGGCAGGGCGGCCCUCGAGGCCGGCGACCCGGACGCACCGGCCCCAGCCUGGCUCUUCAGACCGCCGCGCUCGCCGGGCGAGGAUGGCGUCGCCAUGACCGGCUUCUCGAGCAAGCCCGGGGACGGCGCCUCACCCCGGCGCUCACGCUCAGGUGGGCGCCGAGGCCGCGGGAUGGCCUCGGACUCCGAUCCGGACCAGCCCGGCAAGCUGCUUUUCUCCAGGGCGGAGAUCGACGCGCGGAGGGCGCGCGCGCUUGCGUCCACGUCCACCUCGACGGACUCCUCGCUGACGUUCGAGUUGUCGGAGACGCCGCUUCCCACCUCCGAAGAACGCUUCAUCCUGGCCGAGUACGCCUUCAGCCCUGGGCCGAGCCUGGGGACGAGCACGACGUCAUCCUGGACCCUGACCUCCGACGCGGAGAGUAUCCCACCUUCGGAGGAGCCCUUGUCACCGCGCUCCCCCACGGCCCUACGACGCGCUCGCAGUGACGGCGACAUCCCACAGACCCGCGGGUCGCUCUGGGACGGCAGCCCAUUCAGGCCCGUAAGGAAGCCGCCCGCAGUCUGUCGGAAGGACAGCACGGUUUCUCAGAAGAGUCGGGCUGCGGCCGAGCUUUCCAGUGAAAGCGGGUUUACCGCCCCUCUGCCCACGCCACCCACCCUCAUGGACCGCGGGGACAUGCCGGCGGACGUGUCACCCAUUCUGGGUCGCGCCGACACACUCCUGGGCCUGGAGAUGGAGACCAAGGCCCUGAUGCAGGCCGUCAUGCUGGGCGCAGUGCCGCUGGCGGUGCAGCCCCGUCGCCCGAGCAGGAUCACGAGUGAGAGCUCGACGCAGACCAAUGUCGGCCAGUCCAUCCUCCAACUAGACGACCUGUUUCGGGAACACGGCAUCACCAGUCGCACGCUCAGUCGAACUGAGAUAGG